AGAAGAAGUUGUGCACUGGCGAAUGGGCGCCUCCAUCCAUCCAUCCAUCUCGGUGGCCCAGUAGAAUUAAAGCUUGGCAUACCUUUUCAUACCUGAAACCGCAAGCAAAGUUCCGCUUCUGAUGGAAAAAAAUCCGAUUUCUGGGAGCAUCUGUUCCGAUCAAAACGUGAAUCAGAAUAGAACUGGAAGGGAUCUUGGAGGUCUUCUAGUCCAGCCCCCUGCUCAAAUGUGUGCAAUGCAGGUAAACGAGUUUGACUCAUCAGAUGAGGAGCCCCUGGAGGAAGAACAGACACCUUUUCAAGUAUCCUGGUUACCCUUAUCACCAGCUUAUUCCCAGUUCCUAGGAAUCAGCUCGCUACCAGGUUGUCGAUUCAAAAAUAUUAAAAGAAACCUUCAGAAAGAUAUAGGUAAUUAUCAGUGGCACAGAGAUGAACUAAAAAGUCACGGGGUGCUCGAUGUAUUUGUACUCUGUACCAAAGGAGAACUCACAAAGUACCGUGUCCCACACCUCAUGGAAACAUAUCAGAAUUAUGGGAUCACUGUGCAUCACCAUCCUAUUCCUGAUGGAGGUACACCAGAUAUUGCCAGAUGCUGUGUUAUUCUAAAUGAACUGAGGAACUGCCUUGAAAGUAAACAAAAAGCCACAAUACAUUGUUAUGGAGGACUUGGACGAUCCUGUCUCAUUGCAGCUUGCCUUCUGCUCCAGAUAUCUGACACCAUAACUCCACAGCAGGCAAUAAACUGCAUGAGGGAGUUGAGAGGUUCAGGUGCAAUACAAACUUUAAAGCAAUACAACUUCCUUCAUGAUUUUCAGGAGACCUUGGCUGCCUAUUUGGCAACAGAAAGUGAGCGACCAAGAUCAGUAUCCCGAUAAAACACCCUGAGUUUAGUUACUAUUUGAAAUAAUACAUUGCAUUGUUUUUACUUUGUACACAUAGUGGAAAAUAAUUUUAUUAACUGCCUGCCAGUUACCACCUUGACGAGGGAUAUGUGACUAUAUAGCACAAGUCCCUGAAUAAAGUUCCAUCUGCGCAUUUUAUUUUGACAGCAAAUUAUAACAUGUAGCAGAACGCAUAAUAAAUAUUUCUAAUCUUUUUA